AUCUCAAUUAACAUACAAAUUUGAGAUUUUUGGAGAGAAUUUAGAGAAGAGAUAUGGGGAAAAUUGAGAUAAAAGCUCUUGGGGUUAUAAUCACGGUCAUGAUCCUAUUGAGUUUUGCUGAAGCCGAAUCAACAGAUAAUUUUUGGUGCAAUGCGAAGUGCAAAAUCAAAUGUGAAGAACAACCUUUUCCUGAACAUUAUGCACAAUGCAUGAAGGAUUGUGAAUCACACUGUACUGAAUUAUCCUCUAAUCCUGUUUAUAAUUGUAUUACUGGUUGCCGUUUAAUGAAGUCCAUUGCCACAAAAAAUGGUGCUAGUGAUCUUGUGGAGAAUGCGAUGAAUACUUGCAUGCAAGAGUGUAAGAAAAGGAUAUAAAUUUUUGAAUGAAAAAUUGUGAAAGGAGAUAGUAUUCCUAUUUGAUUAUUAUGAGAAAUAAAUCUUAAUCAAUAAAUAAUAUUUCUCA